UUUGGCUGAGCCUGUGCCAGAGAGAGGAAGAAAAAAAUCCCAAAAGGAGAAAAAAACAGUGGAGAAGCAGCCAGUGGAGGAAAACCAUCUGGAGCACCAAAACAGCACCAGAGACAGCAAGGAAAACACCAAGAAGGUUUGAGUGAGGGGGAAAAUCCCAAUGCAGAUAGAGGGGUUUCAUCACCCUGAUGUCUGUGGCGGGUGGGGGAAGCAGGAUUUGGAGCCCCCUCCCUAUCCCAUGAACUCAAGAAGGGAAGUGAUUUACCCUUGCUUUGGUCUCAGGAUCUUUGUUUUGGAUUUAAAGGUGUUUUGCAAUGGAGGGUCAUGGUGAUUAUUUGCUUCUCAUCUACCUGUAACAAUCCAGGUGGUGAAUUUGAGUGAGAAACAACAUGGGUCCUGCUUUUAUCUUCAUUUGGGUGAUUUUCUCACCUUUUUCCCACUCUUACUCAUCAUCCUGCUGCUUUAAUGCCCUUAUCUGCAGACUGGAUGAGGAAAACACAUGGAAAAGAAGCAACCUGUUUCUUUUCAACUGUCACACAUGAUUUAUUCAGUCAUUUUGGAGCUUUAUUACUCAUGCCCAGGGCCCUUAAGCAUGGACAAUUCCUUGUUUGCAUGGAAAACCCCACCCUGACUUCCAGAGGAUGAAUUUGAGACCAUAUGUUGCCAGUUCUUAUCUCCCCCAUACACAUUUUCUCCAAGAUCAACAGCAAAUUUCUUCCCUUCUCACAAGAUUUCUCUGGAUGUGAGAGGUGAAUGUGGCUUAUCUCAAUUUGAGGGACUUUCCUCACUCAAAUAAACUUUGUCAGAUUUGAUUGAUGAUUGGUGGAGGCAGAGACGGAUUUAAGACGGAUAGAUUCAGCCUUCAGCCAGCAUGAGGAAUGGAGAUUUGGGAAUAUAUUAAUAUCUACAAUGGAGAUGGAUUAAUCCCAAUGUGCUCCUCAUAGCACACAGUCAUCAGGAAGUUGCUGAGAGUGCAAUGGCUUUCUUCCUCAAACCACGGCCAUGCACGUGGCACCUUGCCCUGGACUACCACACGGCCAAGCAGUUUGAAGUGGACAUAACCCUGGAUCCAGCCACAGCGGGUCCAGAGGUGAUCCUCUCUGAGGACCUCAAAGAGGCCACGUGGGGCAGGCCUCGGUGCCAGUGGCCGGAGGGUCCGGGGCGCUUCGACACAGACCCGUGCAUGCUGGGCAGCGAGGGCUUCACCUCGGGCCGCCACUACUGGGAGGUGGAGGCCAAUGGGCGCUUCUGGGCCGUGGGGGUGGCCCGCGAGUCAGUGCAGAGGAAAGGCCGGGUCCUCUUCAAGCCCAGCACUGAAAUCUGGGGCUUGCAGAAGUAUGAUGAGCUCUGCGUGGCCCUCACGGCUCCAUCCAACACCUCUGUCCCGCUCCUCAACGGGGAGAUUGGCGUCUACCUGGACUAUGAGGUGGGACAGGUCUCCUUCUACGCCGUCAGCAGCCGCCAGCGCAUCUUCACUUUUCCAGUCGCCUCCUUCAGUGGGGAGAGGGUCUUCCCCUACUUUUGCGUGCUCCUCUCAACCAUUAAACUGUCCCCCAAGGGCUGAUGCCCUCGAAGGAUCCUCCCAAAAGCUGAUUGCAUCAUGGUGGCUGGAAAUGCUUGUUGAUGUUCCUCAGCUCUUAUUUUCCAUUUUGGAGUCAUUUUUGCCUCCAUCUUAGAUGUCUCUGUUUUGGGUUUUGUCCAGGGGUGUUUGGGUCUGAGCUCAGCACGACUCAUCUCAAGUUGUUAAAUUUAUCCAAAGCUCUUUAACAGGACCUGGGCUUCCCUGAGCUUGUUUUGAGCUAAAAACUUUGCUUUUUCUUCCUCUGAAGAUUCCUUUUGCUGACCUCAGUGCCUAUGAUUGGCUGGCUUCCAGCACAAAUUAAAAAUCUUAAAUUUUGCAGGCUUUGUAUUAAUACCAGCUGCUAUCACAAGGAUGUGCUCACACCCACUGCCCCCACUCUUUUCCUCUGCUGUUCCCCAUGCUUGAGAUGUAUUUCCAAGUACUUAGCAUGUAAAUAUGCUCAGAAUAGAAUAAAAUUAUUUUUCUUUAA